CGCCGCCGCCAACUACGCCGUCGCCAUCCCAGCCCCCAUCGUGCUCGACGAUCCCGCGGGCGACGUCCACGCCGAGUGGGGAACACCGACUGCUGGCAGCGCUGCAACGCGGUAACGAACAUCGAUUGCUCUCUUCAUCCCGGUCCGCCACCUAGCUCUCUCCCGUACCCCCUCCAGCUCGCCAUGAAGAGCUUCAAGAAGACACUCCUCAACAGGAAGGACUCGAGCUCGUCCAAGAACAAGGAUCCCAAGCCAGCCGCCCAACCUUCUCCACCAAAUCCUCCUCCGAACACUUCAAAGCCAUUGCCAAACCCCCAACCGCCUGCACAACAGUCCCUCUCCUCUCUCUCCUCCAAUAACAGCAGCAACCACUCUUUGAAUUCGCAGAGCAAUUCAUCUCUCACCCGUACCGCCUCUCCCGGCUCCUCUCAGUCCUCGACAGAUCGCAAGUACCCCUACAACGACAAGACCACCCCCGCGCCUCCCAUCGUCGUCACCAGUCCAGACUCCGCUCCGGACCCCAAUGUUCGUUCGGGCUCGUAUGAUGGAAUCGAGAGGACGUCUCUGGGAGGUCUUGAUGGCUCCGCCACUCCUCCCCGCGCCGGUACCCUCAACCGCCUCCGCUCGGGCCCAAAGGAUACCAUCCCGAUGGUAGGCAAGCCGCCGAGGAAACAGAGGAGCAGUCGCUUCGUCGUUUCCGAGAAAGUCGAGAUCGAGCGUCUGCCUCCCUUCCUCGAAACACCUCCGGCCGAGCGGCCACAGCUCUUCAUCAAGAAAUUGAACCAAUGCCAUGUCCUAUUCGACUUCAACGACGCCAGCUCCGAGCUGAAAGGCAAACAAAUCAAGGCUCAGACUCUGCACGAGAUGCUAGAGUAUAUCACGACGCAGCGCAGCGUCAUUACUGAGAACGUAUACCCCGAGGUAGUGAAGAUGUUCGCGACCAAUCUCUUCCGAGCUAUACCCCCGCCCGUCAAUCCCACGGGCGACGCUUUCGACCCGGAAGAGGACGAGCCUGUUCUCGAACUCGCAUGGCCUCACCUCAAGAUCGUAUACGAGUUCUUCCUCCGUUUCGUCGAGAGCCCGGACUUCAACACGAACCUCGCCAAGCGAUACAUCGAUCAGACCUUCGUUCUCAACCUCCUCGAGCUUUUCGACUCGGAAGAUCCCCGUGAACGCGAUUUCCUUAAAACCACGCUCCAUCGAAUCUACGGCAAGUUCCUGAACCUGCGGGCCCCCAUCCGUCGGUCGAUCAACAACGUGUUCUAUCACUUCGUUUACGAGACCGAGCGGCACAACGGAAUCGCGGAGUUGUUGGAGAUCCUUGGGUCCAUCAUCAAUGGCUUUGCUCUGCCGCUGAAGGAGGAACACAAGGCGUUCCUCAUGCGCGCCCUCCUCCCGCUGCACAAGGUGAAGAGCCUGUCGAUGUACCACCCACAGCUGGCGUACUGUGUCGUUCAGUUCCUCGAAAAGGAUGCCGCGCUCGCGGAGGAUGUCGUCAUGGGCCUCCUCAAGUUCUGGCCCAAAGUGAACUCGCCCAAGGAGGUCAUGUUCCUCAGCGAGGUGGAAGAGAUCCUCGACGUCAUCGAUUUCGCAGAGUUCCAAAAGAUCCAGGUGCCGCUGUUCCAGCAGCUCGCGAGGUGCAUCAACAGUCAGCAUUUCCAGGUGGCGGAGAGGGCGUUGUACUAUUGGAACAAUGAGUACAUCGUGAACCUCAUGAGCGACAAUAUGGGCGUCAUUUUACCCAUCGUGUUCCCUGCGUUGUAUCAGAACUCAAAAUCACAUUGGAACCGGACAAUACACGGGAUGGUAUACAACGCGCUCAAGCUGUUCAUGGAGCUGAACCCUGAUCUCUUCGACGAGGUUACGCAGCAGUAUAAGCAGAGGAGAAUCGACGAGCGGCAGCAUAUGGUCGACAAGUACGAAGGCUGGCUCAAGAUUCGGGAGAAGGCAAAGGCGAACGCAAACGGUCAUCUGCCCGAAGGAUUUGCGGAGGACGAGCCGGCUCCACCUCCGCCACCACCACCGGAGGACUUGGACAUCAUGGACCUCUCGAUGGAGCUUAACGCGGUGUCCAUCGACGGAGAAGUGCCACAAGAUCUGGAUGAUACGGGGAUAGAGAGAGUACCGAUGGCGGAUCCUGGAAUGGAUGUCAGUGGACAACAGCAGUUGCAUACCUUUGGCAGUGGCUAAUUUAUUCUCUAUCUCUUUCUUCCCUUUCUCUCUCCCUUUCUUUCUUCUCUCCCCAUUCCUGUUGCACGACCCAUGCUCUUUCUUUUAUCUUUGCUUCGCACAAUCGAAAAAACGACCGAAUCGAAUCGACACGGCUUUUGCAGCGACCGUUACCUGAGAUUGGAGCCGCUCCGCCACAGUCGCCUACAGGUGCGGGCCCGCAUGUGCGCCGAAAAAGUGUCCUGCCAGUUGACCCCACGGUCCUACGUGAUCUGCAAGCGCACAAGAGCCUGGAAGGAGGAGCUGCAUGAGGGAGUAAGUCGCUGUUAUCAUCAUGAGUAUGUCCGUUCGGACGAUAUCUUUCAUCCUCUCUUUCUCUCUCUCGGAAAUCUUGCACGCUGUUUCCCUGCUCGGAGUUGUGAUUUUUCGUUUCGUUUCGCCUCGUCGUUUUAACGCUUAUGCCUCUCCCAUAGUUGUGUCUUUUUCUUCACACUCGCAGUUUGUCGACAACUACCUUACGAAUUCUUUGUCACACAAUCCUUGCCAUCUCCUCCCCUUGUCGCUGCUGGGAUGUUCUAUAUUCGCGGCCGGUCCUCGAGCGUUCACUUGUCUACUAAGUACAUUCGGUGUACAUAUGAGUUUCGCGGAUGUGGCCUCCUGUACUGCGUGAAGUGUUCUCCGUUGUUCGACCUGGACGAUGUGUCUGUGGCCCCGCGUGCGUAGUAUAGACGGCGUUCUUAGUUACCAGUUAGUAUAGUCCCGAUAUGUUCUUACCUAUCGUCGAAAACCCACACUCGUUUAUUAGUCUUAGUCUUCUUUCGCUCUGUUCUUUUUGAUCCUACGAUUCUCCG